UAACCUAUAAAUUUAGAAAACGAAAGAUAGAAUUAGAUAAAACUAAUUAAAAUGGAAAUAACUCAAGACAAAAUCUGCAGAAUAUGUUUAAAAGAAUCUAAUAAUACGGAAGCACUAUUCACCCUAAAACUUACCAAAGAUGGAUCUUUUGCAGUUGAAUUUAUAAGGAAAAUUACUGACUUAAAGAUUGCAGAAAUGGAUACGCUACCUAGUAACAUCUGUAACCAGUGUGUGGAAGAUAUUAACGUGGCUUUUAAUUUUGUGCAUUUAUGUGUUGCUUCUGAUGCUUCCUUAAGGAAUCAAGAAACUCGUAGGAUGUUAAGGCAAAUCGAAGAAGAAGCGUUGGGAGAAGAAGAAAUUGUUAUUAAAUGUGAAGAAUUAAUGGAACAAGAAAAUGUAUACGAACAACAAAAUGAUCAGACAAUGGAUCGAGUGUCUGACGACAAUUUAAGUGAGAACGGGUUAACUCAGGAAGAUUUGCAUUUUACUACAGUUAAAGUAAAGGAUAGAUAUAAGUGUGAGGUGUGUGUUUUGUCGUUUAAUAAUAAAACUAAAUUUAAUAAACACAGGAAAACUCAUGACGAAUCAAAACCUUUUAAAUGUAAAGAAUGUUUACAGACUUUUUCUAAGAAAAUACAUUUAAACGUACAUUUACGGUCACAUAUUAAACAAGAAGACAAGAAGUUUCCAUGUGAAGUUUGUGGAAAGCAGUUUACUUUUGAAUAUCUUUUAAAACAGCAUGAAUUUAAGCAUAAGGAUGAAAAACCAUUUCCUUGUUCAAAGUGUAAUAAAGGUUGCUUAACUGCUGAAAGUUUAAGACGUCACAUGAAAGUCCACGAUAAGGCCUACUCAAAAAAAACUCACACCUGUCAUAUUUGCCAAAAAAGUUUCCCCUAUCCGAGUUUUCUGGCAGAACACAUGAAAAAUCAUACUGGAGAAAAACCCCAUUUGUGUUCGAUAUGCGGUAAGGGCUUCCGUCAAAGUGGCGCCUUACAUUAUCAUCAGAGAAUACACACUGGUUACAAGCCCUUUACCUGUAAAAUCUGUGAAGAAAACUUUAGAUCCCAGAGUGUUCUAAAAGUCCACAUGAGGAAACAUACCAAUGAGCGGCCGUACGUUUGCGAUGUUUGUGGAAUGUCGUUUAGGCAGUCGACAGAUUUGAAGUCCCAUCACAGAACGCAUACAGGGGAAAAACCAGUUUUGUGCACUAUUUGCGGAAAGAAAAUGUCUACAACUGGUCAACUGACCAUCCAUCUACGUUCCCACACGGGAGAGAAACCGUUCGCCUGCCCCGUUUGUUCCCGAGCCUUCACCACCAAAACCAUCCUGGUAAAACACCAAAGGAUUCACACAGGGGAACGUCCUUACAUUUGCGACGUCUGCGGUAGAGCCUUCAAUCAAAGCUCUACCCUCAGAACCCACUCGAAGAUUCAUAAAGCCAACACCAACAAGAAGAAGAAAAAAGUGAAACACCAAAGUAAAGAGCUGUGUUUGGGAGACAGCGCAGUUGUCGUUUUUAAAAAUAGUAACGGAGUGUCCGGAAAUAGCGACGAACAGUAUAUAGUGGACGAUGUGGUGGAAAUUAGCGGAGAACAAUGCGAGAACGUGAAGGCUGAGUUUACUGUUAUUCUUCCGGCACCUAUACCGUUGCUGCAAAAUAUGUGAUAAUUGGAGCUCGGCGUGGUUGGAGACAUGACGGAAUCGGGCGUUAUAUGCUGAAUGAAAAAUUAAUCUGGUCAUUCCGUACAGAAUGUAAAAACAACUGAAAUUAGUCUUGAAUGAUUAAUUCAAAAAGCGGUUUGCAUAAAUGUAUGGUAGAACCACGAUUUUCCAAGGUAAGCUGAGCAACUCGUGCCUUCGAUAACUGAAAACUCCUGUAAUCCAGAUUUACAUAUUUUUUCUACUUUUAAUUCUGAACAGACAAAAUACGGAGUGUGACCUAUUUCAAAUAGAAGAAUCCUUGUAAAAAAUUCAUUUACUAACAGAUUUAAUUCGAUUUUUUAUUUUUGAAGGAAAGAAAAGAACAGUUUUGUUUUUCAAAUUGGCCAAAAAUUGGUUAGCAAAUUUUUUAUUUAAAAUUGACUACACCACUGGAUACUAUAUA